AUGGAAUCUAUUCUAUCUGCACAUGAAAUCGGUGAAGGACUUCCUGUUUUGAUCAUUCAUGGAUGGCAGAUGGAGGGAAGAGUCGAGGAGCUGGACUUUGAGCCGAUUUUCAACAAAACACCAGGACUUCGCCGGAUUUACGUGGACCUUCCAGGCAUGGGCACAACACCUGCGAAUAAUGUCAAGGAUCUGGACGAUAUAUACCUUCGCCUGGUGCAAUUCAUUGAUUCUCGACUUGGGAGGUCAAGAUUCUUACUUGUCGGCUCAUCAUGUGGCGGCUACCUUGCACGUGCGAUAGCUCAAAAAUAUAUUGAGCAAGUCGAUGGUUUACUAUUACGCGUACCGCUUAUUGAGCCAAAGGACAGCAUGCGCGAUCUCGAUGCUUUCAAACCUUUGGUUGCAAACGAGCAACUCAUGUCGAACAUGUCAGCCGAAGACAGGACACUUCUUGGAAACGUUCUCGUUCAAACGCCUGCUUACGUUAAAGCUUUAAAGGCAAAAUACGAGGAGGUUUUCCUUCCAGCGGAGAAAGCAGCAGACAAUAAGGUGUUAGAUCCGAUCCGAGCAGAUCCACAUCGAUAUCAGUUAUCUUUUUCGUUGGACAAUGAAAGUGCUAAGUUCUUUGCACCCACACUUGUUAUAUGUGGUCGGCAAGACGAGAGCGUGGGCUAUCGAGACAGCCUUCGCUUGCUGGAGCUCUAUCCACGAUCAACCUAUGUUGUUCUAGAUCGUGGUACGCAUGGCCUUCCUAUCGAUGAGACUAGUGUUUUUGAAGCUCUUGUUCGUGAUUGGAUAAUUCGGAUUGAUGAAUGGCGAGGUCGCACGGACAGAUAA